UGCCCAUUGGCUGUCGGAAGGGGGGAAGCCCGUGAUCUUCACAUAUAGAGAUGGAGAGUGCCGGUGUGGCACUUUAUUGUCCUUGUCUCCGUCGUCCUUGUCUUCGACGUCCCCGUCUUCAUCCGGAAUCAUGAGCCCCAAGAAUGUGGUCUUCAAGAAGAUCUGCAAAGACAAAUCGGUGGGCGUGUACAUGGGGAGGCGUGACUUUGUGGACCGCGUGGACUCGGUGGAUCCAGUAGAUGGCGUCAUCGUGAUCGACCGCGAGGCCCUGCAGGGGAGGAAAGUGUUCGUGACGCUGUCAUGCACCUUCCGCUAUGGCCGUGACGACAUGGAUGUGAUGGGCAUUGCCUUCCGCCGCGAGCUGUACCUGUCCACGCGCCAAGUGUAUCCUCCCCUGCAAGACCGAGAACAGGGUGUCCACACCCGCACGCAGGCCAAGUUGCUGCGCAAGCUAGGAGACGACGCGUACCCCUUCUUUUUUGAGUUCCCUGACAACUUGCCCUGUUCGGUCGCCAUGCAACCAGCGCCCCACGAUGUCGGCAAGCAAUGCGCGGUGGAGUUUGAGGUGAAAGCAUUCAGCGCCGAGGCUCAGGACUCUAAAGUCCACAAAAGGAGCUCGGUCAAGCUGAUGAUCAGGAAGGUGCAGUAUGCCCCCGAGAGCCAGGAGGGGGCGACGGCGCCCUCUGUGGAAAUCUCGCAGGAUUUCUCCGUAUCGGACAAGCCGCUGCACGUGACAGCGAGGCUGGAUAAAGAGGUUUUUUACCAUGGUGAGACCAUGAGGCUGCACCUGGAAGUGGUCAACAACUCCAGCAGGAAUGUCAAGAACGUGAUCGUCUCCGUGGAUCAAGUUGCCACGGUGGUUCUGUACUCCAACGACAGCUACGUCAAAUGCGUCGCCAUAGAGGAAGGGGAUACAGUUCCCGCAGGGACUUCGCUUCGCAAAGACAUACUCCUGCUCCCCCUGUUGGCCAACAACAGGGAGCGGCGAGGUAUCGCCCUUGACGGGAAGCUCAAGCAUGAAGACACCAACUUGGCAUCGUCCAGCAUCAUCAAGCCGGGCAUCCUGAAAGAGGUUCUGGGCAUCUUGGUCUCCUACAGGGUGACGCUGAAGCUCAUCAUCGCAGGCAUGAUGAGCUCAAGUUGUUUGUGUGCCAGUGAGGUCUCGCUGGAGCUUCCUUUCAAACUGAUGCACCCCAAACCCGACACAGUCAAGGAAAGCGAAAUGGAGGAGGAGAUGGUGUUCCAGGAGUUUAAGCGAUCGUACCUUCGAGGAAUGAUCGCAGACGACGAUGAGGAGGAAGGAAACGUGUCGGGCGGCGAUGACAUGGCGCCAAAAGAAAAAUGAGAGAGUGCUGGGAGGAUGGAUUAGCCACCCUAGUAGCUAACUAGCACCUGACAUUGGACUGGGAUGGUCAGCAUUGGUUAUGUUUUAGUGGAAUUGACAUCCGUUUGUACUGGGAGGGGCGAACCCUAUCAGUCCAAACGGAUUGGACGUCUAACGUCGUCAGUGGUAGUCAGCGAGUGAACGUGUGAAAAAUGCUAAAGCCGUUAGAACAGUGGGAAGGUUAUUAAUGUCUUUCCACAGUUUGAGUGUUGUAAGUGUUCAUUUGACAAAAAUUACAGUGUACUCUUUUUAAAAACAGCUUUUUCAGAGCAACGCUGGUACAGCCGUCAGUGCCAGUCGCAGCCAAUGAGUUCAUUGUUAGCAUGCUAUUAGCAAGUUAGCUGUUGUGGAACAUUCCAUAAGACAAAAAGCCCAAUAAAGUACUUGAAAACA